CUCUCUCUCUCUCUCUAUCUCUAUCUCUAUAACUCACCACUCUCUGCGGAGGGUUUUUGUGCAAAAUUGUUGGGGAAGUGAAGAAGAAUCAACCAUGAAUAGACGCAACGAUCCGAACCCUUUUGAAGAGGAACAAAUCAAUCCAUUUUCGAAUGGCAGUGCUGCUCCUGGAUCAAAGUCACGCAUUCCUCAAAUGGUUGCUCAAACCCUGGGUUUCGGACAAAAGCAUGAUGCAACUGUUGAUAUACCAUUGGAUACAAUGAAUGAUUCCAAAAAAAAGAAGGAACUUGCAGCUUGGGAAGAAGAUCUGAAAAGGAGGGAACGAGAAAUUAAACGAAGGGAAGAUACUGUUGCCAGUGUUGGUGUUCCCACAGAUGGUGAUAGGAACUGGCCUCCAUUUUUUCCAAUUAUUCAUCAUGAUAUAUCCAAUGAGAUCCCUGUUCAUGCUCAGAAGUUGCAGUAUUUGGCUUUUGCGAGUUGGUUAGGUAUAGUUCUUUGCCUUGUAUUCAAUGUUAUUGCUGUGACGGUUAAUUGGAUUAGAGGUGGAGAUGUAAAGAUUUUUUUCCUGGCAACAAUCUAUGCCAUACUUGGAUGCCCUCUUUCAUAUGUCCUAUGGUACAGGCCACUUUAUCGUGCUAUGAGGACGGACAGUGCAUUGAAGUUUGGUUGGUUUUUUCUGUUUUACUCGCUCCACAUUGUUUUUUGCGUAUUUGCUGCUAUUGCUCCUCCUAUCGUCUUUCAUGGGCAGUCAUUGGCGGGCAUCCUUGCAGCAAUUGAUGUCUUUUCUAGGCAUGUGUUGGUGGGGAUUUUCUACUUGAUCGGGUUUGCCUUGUUUUGCUUGGAGUCGCUUUUAAGUUUGUGGGUUCUUCAGAAAAUUUAUAUGUACUUCCGAGGUAACAAGACAGAUGUAUGAAAUCCAGCAUCUUUCCAUUCAGAUGUUUAGUGUUAUGUUACUCUCUGUUGAGCUCCUGAGUAUAUUCUGCCCUCACUCCAUUUUCAUUGUUGAGUUAGUUGAUUGAGUUUGAGAUACUGAUUGACAUGCUCUGUUUUAUUUUUCUUUUCUUUUUUCUUAAUUUGGUUCUAUAUUCAAGGUUUAUCUUUUUCUGCAACAUUGAAGGACCUUGAAUGUUCUUGUAUUUUGAUAAUUCGUUCUUGUUUACAUAAAAACUGUUCCUUUGUUUCAUAGCCACAGAUUAAUAGUGUACAAAAUUUGAUCGACAGAUAUAUAUCUUGAGCAUUCAGUCGCC